CUUUUUCGUCCUCGACUUUUCCGGUGCUGUUUCUGGCUCAGUAUUUGACUGGUGACUAGGUGAGAGUACUGGCGCUCCGCCCAAAGUCAGCCCAAUUCGACAAGUCGUAGUGUCUGAGAUGAACGAGUGGGAAGACGUCGGCACUCCAGCCGCGCACCCGGCUCCAGACGUCGUCUUCGGAGGGAUGCAGUCCGAUGUGGCGUCUUUCUUGUCGUCUGCCGGCUUGGCCAGCCACGCGCAGCGCAUCGUCGACGUCACGGGCGCUGGCUCGCUCGACGACCUUAGGCUGAUAGACGCUGCCAUGCUGGAGGAGGUGGUCAAAGCAGCGGACCUAAGGCUGGUCAUUAAGAGGAAGUUCGAGAUGGCCCUGGCCAAGCUGAGAGGGGAGCCCUCCGGCGCAGCGGUGGCUCCUGAGGCGCCCGUGGCGUCGAGGCACUCGGCUGCACACUGCCCGGGAGGAGAGCCCGCGGGGGCGCCUGAGAGCAGCAAGGCUGCGCCGCAGGAGUGCAUCGCGGUGUGCAUCGACCGCUCCGGUUCCAUGGGCGCCCCCUUUGAGGAGGUCACCCUGAACGUCGUCCGGGGCGCGGUGGCCCAGCGCACCAGGAUGGAGGCGGUCAAGGUGAUGUUCUACGCCUUCCGCGACAGGGUGGCGAGCGCUGGCUGCAGCACCCACCACUUGGGCCUUGUGCAGUUCGACGACCGCGUCGAGCGGCUACUGGAUCUCAGCCCUAAUCUCGAGCUCUUCGAGACGAUCGUAGACGACGUCGAGAAGCGUGGCACCACGGCGAUCUUCUCCGCCAUCAUCGAGGCCGCAGCCAUGCUGGAGCCGCACUUCUCGGAGGACUCGCCCACCGACCUGCGUGUCCUUGUGCUCACCGACGGCAAGAGCAACACGGGGGCGCCGCCCGAGGAGGCCCUCGCGGCCGUGAGCCGCAUCGGCGCGGUCGUCGACGCCAUCAUCGUCGGGAACAACCCCGACUCCAACCUCCGCCGCAUCGUCUCGGCCACCGGCGGCGAGUGCUACCAGAUCGGCGACCUUGGGGAGGGCUUCGAGCUGCUGGAGGCCGAGGGCGUCGUGUCCCUGCGGGCCCGGCGCGGGGGGGCCGCGAGGCCGCCGCUCCGCGAGCGGCGCGCGGUGGAGUUCGCCCAGGCCUCCGAGAAGGCCCUGACCCGCGGGGCCGCCGUGCAGCGCGCGCCCGCGCCGCAGCUGGCCUGCGCCUCGAGGAAGGUGGUGGACGUCGGCUCGAUGCAGGACCUGAGCGCCGCGAUGGGCACGGCGGGCAGCGGGUGGGCGAGGCGCGUGCUGCAGGAGCUGAAGCAGGUGACCAGCGGAGAUGAGGGCGUCUGGCUCCACUCGCCGGCCGGGGUGCACGUCUUCCCUGCGCCGGACGCCUUGAAUUUCUGGCGUGCGCUCAUCGAGGGCCCCGACGGGUCCCCGUUUAAGGGCGGCGUGUUCGCCCUCACCGUCGUCAUACCAGACAAGUAUCCCAUGCAGCCGCCCUCCAUCGUGAUGGAGACCCCGAUCUACCACUGCAACGUUAGCGAAUCUGGCCAGCUGUGCCUCGAUAUCCUGAAGGAUCAGUGGAACCCUGCUCUCACCAUACCCAAGUGCCUGGAGGCGGUACGUCAGCUGAUGAAGGCGCCCGAUCCCAACAACGCCCUGCGGCAGUGGAUCGCAGAGCUCACUUUGGCCCACAGCCACUCAGGCGGCGCAGACACACGCUAUUUUGACAACGCGCGUGAGCACACCCUCCAGCACGCAAGCUUGACCGUAGAAGAUUGGAAGCAGAAGUGGGACUGCUGAGCCCGCGCCGCGGCAUCGGGCUCCAGCGCUUGUACAGUCGACAGCGCGAGCAGUUCCGCCCCGACUCCGCAAGAGAGCUGUCUCUCCCCCUCGCCUUCCUGCGCCCCGGCCUGCUGCUCCUUCUGCCGCGCCUCGUCCUUGCCCUACACCGUGUGCCUCCUCCUUGCGCUUGCAUGGUCGGAC